CGAAAGGAACACAGAGAGGGACAAGGCAAAGAGAUCUGGGGUGCAUCUCCAUUGAAACAUUGGAGGAGGAGCGAGACAGGCUGAAUGGGAGCGAGCUGCUAUUUGUUUAUAUUUACGCAAUAAAACAAAACAAAAAAUAAUAACGUGACCGAUUUCCCUCCUCUUGAUCUAAGUAACCAAUCUCCAUUUAAAUCGCGACUGGGGGUAAAAAAAAAAGAAAACCCUCCAAAAAAGAGGAAAACUAACCGCCCAAAAUGAAUCAUCUGAACGCCUGCGAGCGACUGGAUUCGGUGUGAAAUCCUCCCAGCUAACAAAGACAGAAAACUACGCGGUGAUUGAUCUUUUCCCCCCCCCUCCCCCCUCUCUUCUUCUCCGGGUUUGGCGCACGCAACCUGCUGGAGCUAAACUCCUCCUCCCACCUCCCUCCGGUUCCUCUCAUCUUCUCCCUCCCCCCCUCCUCCGGUCCUCUAUGCUCAGUUCGGUGUGUGUAUCCUCUUUCAAAGGGCGCAAGGGUGGGAACAAGUCGUCCAACAAAGCAUGUUACAGCGCAGACAUGACUUGUCCGUCGGAAAGCGAGAAAAUCGUGAUAAACUGCGGCGGGGUGCGCCAUGAGACGUACCGGAGCACCCUGAAGACCCUGCCCGGCACCCGCCUGUCGUGGCUCACCGAGCCGGACGCCUUCAGCAACUUCGACUACGACCCCAAAUUGGACGAGUUCUUCUUCGACCGCCACCCGUCCGUCUUCUCCUUCAUCCUCAACUACUACCGCACGGGCAAGCUGCACUGUCCCAACGACGUGUGCGGCCCCCUGUUCGAGGAGGAGCUCGCCUUCUGGGGCAUCGACGAGACGGACGUGGAGGCGUGCUGCUGGAUGAACUACCGCCAGCAUCGGGACGCCGAGGAGGCGCUGGACAGCUUCGAGACGCCCGAGCCGGACGCGCCCGACGACGACCCGGCCUUGGGGGGCGCCGACGGGGACCUGAAAAGACUGUGCAUGCAGGAGGACGCCAGGAGGGCGGGCUGGUGGAAAACCUGGCAGCCCAAAAUAUGGGCGCUCUUCGAGGACCCCUACUCGUCCAAAUACGCCCGGUAUGUGGCGUUUGGCUCCCUAUUCUUCAUCCUCAUCUCCAUCUCCACUUUCUGCAUGGAGACGCACGAGGCCUUCAACACCAUCCUCAACAAGACCGAGAACGUGACGGUGGGCAACGUCACGCGCGAGGAGAUCGUCUACGAGGUGGUGACUGACAGCUGGCUGACAUACGUGGAGGGCGUGUGCGUCAUCUGGUUCACCAUCGAGGUCCUUCUGCGAGUCAUCUUCUGCCCCGACAAGGUCGAGUUCUUCAAAAGCACGCUCAACAUCAUCGACUUUGUGGCCAUCCUGCCCUUCUAUCUGGAAGUGGGCUUGAGCGGUCUUUCCUCCAAAGCCGCCAAGGACGUCCUGGGAUUCCUCCGCGUCGUGCGAUUCGUCCGCAUCCUCCGAAUCUUCAAGCUGACCCGUCACUUUGUGGGCCUGCGAGUCCUCGGCCACACCCUCCGUGCUAGCACCAACGAAUUCCUCCUGCUCAUCAUCUUCUUAGCCCUCGGCGUCCUCAUCUUCGCCACGAUGAUUUACUACGCCGAGAGAAUCGGCGCGCACCCGGACGACCCGGCGGCGAACGCCCACACCAACUUCAAGAAUAUCCCCAUCGGUUUCUGGUGGGCCGUGGUGACCAUGACCACGUUGGGCUACGGAGAUAUGUACCCGGAGACGUGGUCGGGGAUGCUGGUGGGGGCUCUGUGCGCCUUGGCCGGCGUGCUGACCAUCGCUAUGCCCGUUCCCGUCAUCGUCAACAACUUCGGCAUGUACUACUCUCUGGCCAUGGCCAAACAAAAGUUGCCCAAAAAGAAGAACAAACACAUACCGAGAGCACCUCAGCCGGGCUCUCCCAACUACUGCAAGCCGGAUGCCCUGGCCAUGGCUACGGCCUCACCGCAAAGACUCUUGGGAAAUGUCCUAGGUGGAGUGAUGGGCUCCGGAGGCCUCGGGGGCGACUGCCCCCUCGCCCAAGAAGAAAUUAUAGAGAUCAACAGAGAUUCCAAGCAGAACGGUGACGCGGCCUCGGCCGCGUUGGCCAACGAAGACUGCCCCACCAUCGACCAGGUGCUCAGCCCGGACGAGAGGAGCCCCAUCGGGCGGGGUCCGACCCGGGAACGCUACCAGCAGGACCGCGCCUGCUUCCUGCUUAACACCAGGGAAUUCCGAGCCACAGAUGGGAACGUGCGGAAAGAGGCAGCAGCCCUGGCACCCAGCCCAGACUCCCCUCUGACUGAGGAUUGGUAUAAGAUGGAAGGGUCUCUGUUACAGCAGGACCUCAAUGCAAACUCCACCGCCUCCUGGAUCAAACCAUAGACCAGAGUGUUAAGUUUCUAGCGUUGGCCUUCUCUCUGUAACGAGGAGUCAUUAAGCGGUUAACGCAUAUUUGCGGCGGGAGCCACGUAGGCGGCGGGCGUGGCGUGGAUGGACGUUUUACAGGAGAUCUUUGGCGUGACACGAGAGAAAAAGAGAGCGGGGCCACACGUUUAAUCAUGAAUUCUGGAAAUUCACACGGUCAGCUCCUGCUCACGUCGUUACCAAAGUAGCCUCUCGGAACUCCGAUGACCACAUUUUUUUGACAUCUAUCUGACAGACCUUCUUUUUUUUUUUUUCACCCCCUCUUCUUUUUUCUCCCCCACCCAUUUUGGGCCAAUUGACUGAGCAUUGCACUGACACACUUUGGGAGGAAGGAAAAAAAAAAAAAAAGGGACUCCCGAUGGCACAUUCCAGAUCACUUUGAAAACAUCACCUGUUCUGUGGCCCACUUUACCUGUUUCUGGAACAAAGAAACAAACAAACAAAAAACUACUUGUCUUCACAAGGGACUGAAUGAACAAUGUAGCAUCUCUGCUAACACUGUAGCAUUUGUUGGCUGGGAAACGACUUUACCUGACAGGAGAGCGAGGGAUUUAUGCAGUUUAGAUGUCACGGCCCUCUCGAGAUCCUUUCCAGUGAAGAAGUAAAACACCCUGACAGUACAUGAGAGACAUAGGUCUUAACCUUCAAGGAAAAUUACGAUCAAACGAAUGACCCGCAUAAAGAUCAAGUUUAGCACUUGCAUCUGAAACUUUGUCUUCCAUUCACUUCUAUAAAACACGUAUAUGAAGCGAUCGUUUAAAAGCUACUACGACUAAAUUAAACCCAUGUAGCAUAUCCGCGUCCGACGUGGUUUGACCUUUAGUCUGCCGUGACAUGACAAGACGUUUUCUCUCAUGUACUGCAAAAAGGGGUGGGGGGGGGGGUUUGCGAUCCUGCCGAAUGACCUUCUGUGAUGUCAUCUAGAUUAGCAGAAAUUAGUCCAUUUAGGGUUGAACUGCCACUUGCAUUCGCUCCUCUUUUAAGUGAAGCACAUUGAAGCAAAAUUUAGAACGAUCCAGGCUGGAGCGGAAAAUAGACUCAAGGAGACGUGAGCUCGAGAUGACUCUUGUCGUCUUGGGUCCAAUAACAAGAUUGCUUGAAUUCUAAUGAAAAGGAGAAUGGACAGCAACCCCAUGUCCCCUCCACUCCCUGUCCCCUGCCACAAGGACACUUUUUACACCCCAUAUAACUGCCCAUUAGCAGGAAAGGAUUAAUUUGAAAGGGACCAAUCAGAUUAAUAAACCCCCAACACACACACGCACACAAAGGCCUACACUGCCAACAAGGCACAAGGACCCCCAGAUGAAUACUGCCCAGAAUCACUCUGUGGUACCUCUUGCUGCCAGCGGGCUACUUCACUGGUGGGUCGACGUCACAAUGAGGACGGCCCGGCAGGCGGAGCCAUCAACAAGCAGAAGCGGACCAAGCAUAGAAGUUUACAAAAAAAAAAAAAAAAAUGAAGAACAAAUCUAUAUUUUGAUAAAACAAAUCUAGAUAUGGCAUAGGAAGCUGGUCCAGGAUGGAAUGAGAGGAAGUGGAAGAUAGCGCUGGGGGGGUGGGGGGGGGGGGGGGGGGGGGG